UCACGCGUUGUUUCAGGAUAAUAUAAAUAAAAUAUAUUAUAUAUAAAGGAAACAGUUUUGAUUUCGUCAUAAAUUCAUAAAAAUGUGAAUGUGAAAUUGUUUUCAAACAAGUGUGAGUGGAACGAUUCUGAGCAGAUAAGGCGAAUAAUGGUACCAGUUCUCCAAAAUGGGAAAACAAAAUAGUAAACUUAAACCAGAAGUUUUGGAGGAUCUAAAACAAAAUACCGAGUUUACAGAUGCCGAGAUCCAAGAAUGGUAUAAAGGAUUCCUUAAAGAUUGCCCCAGUGGUCACUUAUCUGUUGAGGAAUUUAAAAAGAUAUAUGGUAACUUUUUCCCAUAUGGCGAUGCAAGUAAGUUUGCAGAGCAUGUAUUCAGAACUUUCGAUGCAAAUGGGGAUGGCACCAUUGAUUUUAGAGAGUUUUUGUGUGCACUGAGUGUAACUUCCCGUGGAAAGCUUGAGCAAAAAUUAAAAUGGGCAUUUUCAAUGUAUGACUUAGAUGGAAAUGGAUACAUAUCGCGACAGGAAAUGCUUGAAAUUGUCACAGCAAUCUACAAAAUGGUUGGCUCAGUGAUGAAAAUGCCUGAAGACGAAAGCACUCCAGAGAAAAGGACGGAUAAGAUUUUCCGGCAAAUGGAUAGAAAUAAAGAUGGCAAAUUAAGUUUGGAUGAGUUUAUAGAAGGAGCAAAGAGUGAUCCUUCUAUAGUGCGGCUAUUGCAGUGUGAUCCGCAGGCACAUUAACUUAACACAAUUUAAAACAAGCAAUAAACAUUUAAACUUAUAUAGAAUAUGUUCGAUUUGUGACGAUGUUUACAUUUAUAAGCCAAUUAUGUACUAUGCAUAUAUAAAAAAGAAAAACUUUAAUUUAUAAAAUAAAGAUUUGUGAACUUCGUUGAAAA